AUGUCAGUCUGGCAAGUGCGAGAUGUCAACAUCCUUAUGAUGGUAACGGACAUCAACAUCGAUUCAAAACAGUGCACUGGGUGGCCUAUAACCAGUGGCAAGCUACACGAUGAUGUCACUGUCAGCACAGACAUAACUAAACUAGAAGGUAAACCAGUGAAGGUAACUGGAAAGGUAAAGAAAGCAGGGAAUAGAAUACGAACGGACAGCUUUGCUGCCACUGUAAAGAAUUGUCAGGAUAGCAAUUUCAGGAUGGAAUUUCGCAAAUCACAAGUUAUGGCUGAUUUACAGAUGAAUGUUAAUAAUGCAUUGAAGGUAUCAUGUAGGAGCUACAAGAGAACUUUUGAUUUAGGAUUGGCGAAUGUUGACACCGACAUGGCAUUUUUCAAUUUGACCCCGAGCAAUCGCUCUGCUGUAUAUAACUACAGAAAAGAAAACAUUUCACUUCUGGAUGACGUUCUGAAUAAGCACUGGGACUUGAACCCUGGCCAAAUUUCAAGGUUUGUCACAUCGGUGAAAAUAUCGAUCACCUCAAACCUUCAUUUGCAGGGGGUAGUGAAGACAGCAGAAUAUCCUGGUCACCUACAUGUUACAGACAACUACCGCAAUGCAAUAUUGACACAUCUGAAAAAUACUUUGUAGUAUAAU